AUGCGGUUCGCCUCGAAAAAACAAACGAUAGAGGCCAUCGAUGAGGAUGCCGGCGUGCCUCUGCUGAUUGUCGAGCCCGAGGACAUGUGGCACGCCAACAACCUGAUCAGUAACGGAGAUGUCGUCCACGCACCCGCCUUCCGCAAAGUCACGAUGACAACGGCGACCGGCUCCAAGGUCGUCAAGAAUGUCCGCACAAACCUAUCGAUCCAAGUCAAGUCGACCUUCUUCGACCCGCUCGCGUCAGAGCUCAAGGUCUCAGGCACUGUCGUCAACGAGAACGACUGGGUCAGCGUCGGACAGCACCACACCAUCACGCUCAAAUACGAGAAGGCAGACAUCAAGUUUACGAUAUGGAAGAGCGACGGCUGGGACUCGGUUGCGAUCCAGUCACUGAAGGAGGCGCUGAGCGAAGACCGGCCCGAGGCCAUCGCCGCGGUCGUCAUGCAGGAGGGGCUCGCCAACAUCUGCCUGAUCACCGAGUUCCGCACGAUCCUCAAGCAGCGCAUCGACAGCCCGAUACCGAAGAAGCGCUCGACCGCCAAGGAGUCGUCCGGGGUGAUGUCAGCCUUCUACGACAAGACCCUGGCGAGUCUGCGCAACAACAUCGACUUCAGUAUCCCCCGAACGCUGCUGCUCGCGAGCCCCGGGUUUUCGGCCGACGAUUUCCGCGCGUACAUGCAGUCCGAAGCCGCGAGAACGGGAGAUAAGGGGCUACAAAAGAUCGCGAGGGAGGCUGUUGUCGUGCAGUCGACCUCCGGCCACGUGCACAGCCUCAACGAGGUGCUCAAGAGCACCAAGGCCAAGAAAAUUGUGCAGAAUGCCAAGUUCGCGACCGAGUCGAACCUGAUGGAUCAGUUUUACGACAGGCUGCGCAAGGACGACGGGAGAGCCUGGUACGGUACCAAGCCGGUCGAGAAGGCGGUGGCCGAGGGCGCCGUUGGCCGGGGCGGUGGGGUGCUGUUCGUCAAUAACGGCUUUUUCCGGAGCAUGGAUGUUGCUACGAGGAAGAGAUACGUCGGGUUGGUGGACAAGGUGAAGGAGGACGGUGGAGAGGUGAGAUUGCUCAGCAGCGAUGACGAAAGUGGUAAGCGGUUAGAAUCGCUGGGCGGCAUCGCUGCCAUCUUGACAUAUCCUAUUUUGGAUCUCGACGAGGAGGAUGAAGAAGAAGAGGUAGCAGCUGACCCAGACGAAGGAGACAUGGUAAUAUGA